AAAAAGUGCCGCGUACACCUGACCGGGAAAACCGCCAUCUGACUGACCACGGAGCCAACACAGAGGCAUUGGGAAGUCCGUGGCGUUGGACUUUGCCCGGAGGAACGGUCGGGUCAUCUUGGCGUGUCGCAGUCGGGAACGCGGUCAGAAGGCUCUGGAGGAGAUCCAGAGGAAGACGGGGAACCGGAAUGUGGUCCUGGAGAUCCUGGACACCAGCAGCAUGUCCUCCGUCCGGGCCUUCACUGACCGCAUACUGCGCAACGAGAAGAGGCUGGACAUCCUGGUGAAUAACGCCGGAGCCUCAGGAUUGCCGAGCGCCGUCACAUCCGAGGGACUGGAGCUCAGCUACGCCACCAACCACCUGGGCCCUUUCCUGCUCACCAACCGACUCCUGGAGCUCAUGAAACGUUCGGCUCCGAGUCGCAUCGUCUUCCUGAGCUCCUUCAUGCACAGGCGCGGCUUCGCAGACCCCGCCCACUUCUACGGGAGGAACCUGGAGGACCAAAAACUGGACCAAACCUACAACUGCACCAAACUCAUGAACAUCAUGUGUGCCCGAGAGAUGGCCGAGAGGCUGAAGACCACCGGGGUGUCGGUGAGCAGCGUCAGUCCCGGGAUCGCGAUGACAGAAGCCAUGCGGCACUACAAGCUGAUCCUCCGACUCGUCUUCAACGUCCUCGGAUUCUUCUUCUUCAAGACGGCGGAGGAGGGGGCGGCCAGCACCAUCUUCUGUGCGGUGUCGGAGGAGGCGGAGGGUCUGACUGGGAAGUAUGUGGACAGCAACUGUAUGAUUGAGCUUCCCUCGGAGAAGGCUCUGGAUCCCGCUGUCAAUAAGAAGCUAUGGGAGGCGUCUGAGGCUGCAACCAAUUUGAUUGGUGAUCCUGGACAAUGA